CAGACGCCGGCUGAGUUUCUGAAAGCUAUCAAAGGCAAACCCGUGCUAGUCAAGCUCAAUUCCGGAGUUGACUAUCGAGGGAUACUAGCUUGCCUGGACGGGUACAUGAACAUUGCUAUGGAGCAGACUGAGGAGUACGUCAAUGGGCAACUCAAAAACAAGUACGGAGACGCCUUCAUUCGGGGCAAUAACGGUACGCCAAUUACUACUGCUGGGUCAUGA